AUGAGCGCAGCCGUCGUAGAUGAGGGCCACAAGGCUGAGAAGCCCUUCGCUCCUUCCUCCUCAACUACACUAGACAAUGAGAAACGUGAGGAUGGAGCCGUUGACGAUACACCAGACGAGGCGAAACCACGCCCUGAGCGAACGGCAACAUUUAACGACUACUUGAGAGUCUUCAAGUAUGCUUCGAAAUGGGAUUUCCUGGCCUACGCAGCCGGUGUGUGCGCCUCCAUUGGAGCUGGCAUAACGCUACCCCUGAUGAACGUUGUAUUCGGCAAGUUCGUUGGCAAUUUCAGCAGCUUUGCAAACUUCUCCCCAGAUCUUGAUGUUGCCAAGGCUAAGGCCGACUUUGAAGCCAAGCUGGAUAAGCUAGCACUAUACAUGUUUGCGCUGUUUAUUGCUCGCCUUGGACUCAACUAUAUCAACAAGCUAUGUUUCCGCAUGAUUGGAAUCAGGCUGUCUUCGGCGAUCCGCCUGCACUACCUGCAAGCUUUGUUUGCUCAGAGUAUUCAUGUUUUGGACUCGAUGCCCCCUGGAUAUGCUACCACUACUAUUACAAGCACCAGCAACACUCUCCAACUAGGUAUUUCGGAGAAACUUGGCGUCUUUGUGGAGUUUUCAUCAACAAUCAUCGCCGCAAUCAUCAUAGCCUUCACGUACAACUGGUCAUUGACUCUUGUGACGGCAUCGUCAAUUCUAUUUAUUGCUUUGACAGUCUCCAUCCUACUACCCUUCAUCGUCAAAGGCAACACUCGAGUAACAAAGGCCGAAGGAAAAGCAGCAGCCGUCGCCAGCGAGGCUAUGGCCAGCAUUCGGAUGAUCAUGGCGUGUGGCGCUGAAUCACGCAUUGCCAAGAAAUAUGCAGCAUUUGUUGAAGAGACCAAGCAGCAUGCCCAGUUCAUGUCUCCCCUCAUUGCCCUUCAGUUUGGACUCAUCUUCUUUGGUGCUUUUGCCGCAUUCGGCCUCGCUUUCUGGUACGGCAUCAAGUCAUUUGUUGAUAGCUCAAGAGGUGAUCUCAGUACUAUUGUUAUUGUUUUGUUCUCCGUCAUGAUGGUCGUCUUCUCUCUGGAGCGAACGUCAACUCCGCUGUUGGCCGUCAGCAAAGCUACAGUAGCCGCUUGCCAAUUCUUCACGGUUAUCGACGCCCCUGCCCCGAGCAAAGGCCACCUCAAGGACCCCGAGGUCUCCGCUACCAACGAUAUUGUCUUAGAUAAGGUUACGUUCGCCUACCCCAGUCGGCCCCAUGUCAAGAUUCUUGAUGAAUUAGACUUGCGCAUUGAGGCUGGAAAAAUUACGGCAAUUGUCGGACCGUCUGGCUCUGGAAAAAGUACUAUUGUUGGUCUCAUAGAGCGAUGGUACACACUGAGGGACCAAUACGUCGUAGCGAAAGCUGUGGAACAGAAGAAGAAGAAGAAGAAGGGCUCCGAAUCCGAAGAGGAUGAACCGGAGGAAGGACAAGCUGAACCCGAGGAGACCGGCCCACCUAUCAAACUCAGUGGCUCUAUUUCAACUUCUGGCCACCAGUUGGAUGAAAUUGAAUUGCGAUGGUGGCGAUCGCAAAUUGGCCUGGUCCAGCAAGAACCCUUUCUUUUUAAUGACACUAUCUACACGAAUGUUGCCAAUGGCUUGGUAGGUUCCCAAUGGGAACACGAGUCGGAGGAGGCCAAGAGAAAACUAGUCGAAGAGGCGUGCAAAGAAGCAUUCGCUGACGAGUUUAUUGACAAGCUCCCUGCGGGUUAUGACACUCUUGUUGGAGAUAGCGGAGCCAAACUCUCUGGGGGUCAACGACAAAGAAUCGCCAUCGCCCGCUCUAUUGUUCGAAAACCAAAGAUUCUCAUUCUUGACGAAGCCACUAGUGCAAUUGAUGUCCGCGGUGAACGGAUUGUGCAGGCUGCCCUGGACCGAGUUGCCCAAAACCGAACUACCAUCACCAUUGCGCAUCGCUUGUCAACCAUCAAGAAGGCAGACCGCAUUGUUGUUCUAAAGAAAGGCAAAGUGGUGGAGAGCGGAACGCACGAAAGCCUCAUCGCAAUGGCAGAUGGUGUAUACGCUGGCCUUGUCAAUGCGCAGGCGUUAUCCCUUGGAGCUGAAAACGAAUCAGCAGACGAUUCUCUCGACAAAGACGGCGAGGGCAGCACCUUGGAACGGGAGAAGAGCAAGGCCAAAUCAGAACAUGAAGCCAAGACUGAGACCAAAUUGGACAAACAACGUAAUCUGAUUAAGAGUUUUGGUCGUUUCUUCUACGAGUCCAAACAGCAUUGGUACCUCAUGUUCUUGACCGUAUUUUUUGCGGCAUGUGCGGGAGCUGCCAUUCCCCUUCAAGCUUAUCUAUUCGCCAACGUUGUGGUCAUUUUUAAGUACGAGGCUGACAAGCCAAAGCUCAUGUCUGAAGGCAACUUUUGGUCCCUUAUGUGGGUGGUUCUCGCUGUUGGAGUCGGCCUCGCCUAUUUCUUUUGCUUCUUAUUCUCCACUAGACUGGCGUCCAUCAUUCGCAACAAGUAUCAGCAGAUGUACUUCGAGGCUAUCUUGUAUCAGAAGACAUCAUUCUUCGACGAAGAGGACCACUCACAAGGCACCAUGACAUCCCGCGCGUCUGGAGAUCCGAAGCAGCUCGAAGAGCUUAUGGGAGCCAACAUGGCUAGUGUCUAUGUCGCCAUUUGCAGUCUUUCAGGAUCCAUUGCCAUUGCUUUUGCGUUUGGAUGGAAAUUGGCAUUGGUUUCAAGCUGUGUCGUUUUACCCGUACUCAUUGGCUCGUCCUACUGGCGCUUCAAAUAUGAGAUCCAGUUUGACAAGAUGAAUAGUGAGGUAUUCGCGGAAAGCUCAAAGUUCGCAUCUGAGUCCAUUGGGGCUUUCCGCACUGUCACUUCGCUGACCUUGGAAGACCCAAUCUGCCAAAGAUUUGAAGAACUGUGCAAAGGUCAUGUCAUGACAGCGUUCAAGAAAGCUAGAUGGGUCAGUUUGCUCUUCGGCUUCUCAGACAGCGCCACCAUGGCAUGCCAAGCUCUCGUCUUCUAUUAUGGCGGGAGACUUCUUCUGAGUGGCGAGUAUCAAAUCAUGAACUUUUUUGUUUGCUUCAUGUCCAUUAUCCAGGCUGGUGAGAGUGCCGGCCAGGGAUUAAGUUUCGGACCCAAUGCGGCUCAAGUGACAGCUGCCUCGAACAGAAUUCUCAACAUGAGAGACUCGAGACUACGCGAUGAGCAUUCCGAGGAUGAGGACAUUACGGAAGGCAAAGGAGGAAUGAAAAUUGAGCUGGACGAUAUCCAUUUCAAAUAUCCCACACGGGAGACUCCUGUAUUUGACGGCCUGAGCUUGACGAUUGAAAAGGGCCAGUUUGCUGCAUUGGUUGGAGCUUCUGGCUGUGGCAAAACGAGCAUUAUCUCGCUGUUGGAAAGAUUCUACGACCUGGACAGGGGAAGAAUUCUUUGCAAUGGCAAGGACAUCACCGAUGUGAAUGUGUACGCCUACAGACGACAUCUUUCGCUUGUAGCGCAAGAGGCAACCCUAUUUCAAGGGACUAUCCGAGAAAACAUCCUCCUGGGCGUUAAUGACCAGACUACGACGGAUGAGCAGCUCCAUCAAGCUUGCCGAGACGCCUCCAUUCACGAUUUCAUCGUAUCCCUCCCAGAAGGAUACAACACCAACAUUGGAUCUCGUGGCGUCACCCUCUCAGGAGGACAGAAACAGCGCGUUGCUAUUGCUCGUGCUCUCAUCCGAGACCCUGAUAUUCUCCUACUCGACGAAGCCACCAGUUCUCUUGACUCGGAAAGCGAGAAGCUGGUCCAAGCAGCUUUUGAACGCGCGGGCAAAGGCCGAACCAUGGUCGUGGUGGCACAUAGAUUGGCCACGGUCCAAAAUGCAGAUGUCAUUUUCGUGCUAGGCGAAGGCGGAAAGUUGUUGGAACAAGGGAAUCAUGUGGAGUUACUAAAAAGGAGAGGUGUAUACUGGCAAAUGUGCCAAAGUCAAGCGUUGGAUCGUUGA